GAAUUUCAAUCUCCGUGCACAUGUGUACAUUCAGGGUCAGUGACUAAUUUAUUUUAGUUGGCUUCAAAUUGCGAAUUGUGAUAAUUGCGAUAUACCCAUUCUUUAUGUGUUUGGUGGUCUAAGAUAUUUGUCAAAUUGUAAAUACAGAAAUACAUGUACUGUAACAUAAGUGGCUAAACAACAAAAAAAGAAAUGCUAGCUUCAUUCAAGCUAACUGAUCAACGGAGGCGUCCAAGGAUCAAUAAUCCUAACGUAUGUACAACAGCCAUUAAAACGUGUUUGUUCCUGUGUAUAGUUUAAUCAUAUAGUCCCCCAUUUGCCAUGCUUUUAAUACUAGCAGGUUUAAGGCCAGCAUUACUAAAACAUAAGCUAGUAAAUGUUCUGGUGGAGGCAUGUCUAUGCUCAGGAGCCAAGGAUGAUGAUGCCACCUCCGACCCAGGGAAACCACAAAAACUAUCAAAGAAGAAAUGGAGAAUGAAGUUCAGGAACAAGCCUGCAUCAAAUGAACACCUGCCCUGGGAGGAGAGACUGGCCGACUCUGUCACUCCUCUGUGGCGGCUGAGUUACUACGAUCAACUCCAGCUGAAACAGAAGCACCAGGAGAGGAUCCUACUACAGCUCUCAGAUCAGGUCUUAUGUGGAGAGUCGACCCAACAUAAGGCCUUGACACAAUGUCCUUCUCCACCCAGGAGUACCAAACUCAGCUUCCCUCUGCUGCCUAUCUUACCGUCACCUGUCAGGGACGGCUACCGCAACAAGUCUACCUUCUCGGUCAACCGUGGCGUGGAUGGCAACCCUAAGACGGUGGGGUUCUACGUGGGAACGGGAAAGGCGGGAAACAUUGUGUGUGUGAACGGGGACCACCUCCUCAACAUGCCUGAGAGACAUAAGCUGGUGGCCAGGUGCUACCAGGACUUCCUCCGCCUUUCAGCCCUGGAGCCCUGUCUGCUGUUCCAUGACGGAGGCCACUGGAGGGAGGUGACAGUGAGGACCAACGCAGCAGGCAACACCAUGGCCAUCGUCUACUUCCACCCACAGAGGCUCAUCCCAGAGGAGAUAGAGGUCCAUAAGUCCUCCCUGGUGGAGUACUUCACCCAGGGGCCUGGUGCCAUCUGCCAACUAGACUCCCUGUACUUCCAGGAGAGCUCCAUGACCCGUUGCAGCCACGAGGAAUCCCCCUACCAGCUGCUGCAUGGCCAGCCACACAUACACGAGGAGGUUUUGGGGUUCAAGUUCCGCAUCUCGGCAGAUGCCUUCUUCCAGGUGAACCAAGGGGCAGCGGAUUUGCUGUACCGCACAGUGAGAGAGAUGGGCCUCCCGAAUGGAGCUCGAGAGGGAGGAGGAGGGGGCACACUCUUGGAUGUGUGCUGUGGAACGGGGGCCAUUGGUAUCACCAUGUCCCCCAGAGCGGACCGGGUCAUCGGGAUAGAACUCAUCCAGCAGGCCGUAGAAGACGCCAGGCACAACGCAGCCCUCAACCAGAUCCAGAAUUGUGAGUUCCUCCCUGGGAAAGCCGAGGUAGUCCUUCCUGGGCUCAUGGGGGUUCUGGGCUCCACCACCGACUCUGGAGGCCCCCUCACGGCUGUGGUGAACCCAGCCCGCGCUGGCCUCCAUUAUCGUGUGAUCAGAGCUCUAAGGAAUCACUCAUCCAUCCGCAGGCUGCUCUAUAUCUCCUGCAAACCCGAAGGAGAGGCCAUGAGGAACUUCAGGGAGCUGUGUUGCAGUCCCGACCCACAUAGGAAGCUGACAGGCGAGGCUUUCAGGCCGACUGUGGCUGUGCCUGUGGAUAUGUUCCCUCACACACCACACUGCGAACUGCUGCUGGUCUUUGAAAGAUAGUCAAUUACUAUCACUACAACUUCCAUAUCAAGUUUUUCUAAUUCUUACACAUAGUGAAUGGUGUCCUCUGGAUUGUGUGAUGACUACAGAGAUAAAACAGUCAAAUCAGUGGAAAGUCAAUUCCAAAAUCCUCUCAAAAAGGAAAGUGAUUAUUACAUGUAUUUUUUUUAAAUGCUGAGAGCUUUUAAAUGUCAUGUAGAAUGUUGAUUGAAAGUUGUAUGUUAUUCAGAGACAGAUACAGGUCUGUAAGUCUAAUGAGGGGGUUGUGUCCCUAUAUCCUGCAGCAGCAGUGAAGCAAAACAUUUCCUGCCUUAUGUGAAUGGAUCAAAAGUAGGAAAUGAGUGGAGAGCAGUGGAAGUGUGUUUGGGGUUGCUUGCUCACAAAAUGCAAGAAUAGAUUCUACACUAUCUUCCUGUAUUCUGUGUUUGAAUGAGGCAUAUGCACAUGCUGUAUUUCCUCUGUUACUUCAUGUUACAUGCCUGAACUGAGUAGGCAUAAAGUCUAUAUAUCUACACUAGGUGGUGCAAUGGAGUCCAAUGGUCCAACUAUUAACUUAUACUGUGUAACCUUCAGUUAUGGUACACAUCUUCCAUUAUUGCUGACAUACAAGACAGAAGGUACCCAUACACUUGAUCAACUAGGGUGGAAUCUACAGUAUUUGAUCAGUUCUCCUUUCUAAAAACCCAUAGUUAACAUAUAACAAACUUAGAACAAAAUACAUUAUGGAUGUAUUUGACAAGUUUGGGGUCAAUGCAGGAAGUAAGCAAUUUUCAGUCCUGCUUUAAACCAAAUACAACUCACAAAGUUUAGCAUACAUAAAGGCUUCAUAAGCACUACAUAAAUGCUUCACAAAUCAUUUAAGUGUAUCGCAUAUUCUAUCAAUGGUGUAUAAACAGUGCGUUAUGUCACAUUUCCCGAUUCACUCUACAGUGGGAAUGACAAUGUCACCUUUUAUAUACCAUUUAUGACAUAUGCAUAUAGAUAUGACCAAGGUGGAUGUCCAAGGUGGAAUUUAAAAAAUCACAUGUAUUUAAGAUGCUUUAAAAGUUGCAUAUACAAGCACAACUUUACAAAUUGGUUUGAAGUACUAAAAGGACAAAACAAGACACUUGAGGCAAGAAGCAUUUCAAUAUAGCCUUUUCUCAUUUUUUAUGACUUACAAUCAGCACUGUCCAGGACAUAGCUUAGAUGAAAAGGCCUACAAAAAUGCUGGCCUCAUUAGAUUUAUUUUCAAAGGCACAAGUAGGUAUGUCAGACUUCAAAUAAGUCGGAGCACUAGCAAAACUGGGAAGAAGUGGAAUAAUAGAAGAAGUAUGGAGAACAACAAUACUGUUCUUGCUGACAGAAGCACACUAAUCACCCUAUAUUUAGCCCAUUGUGAGGAAUGAUAAUUGUUCCACUGACAAGCUAUUGUGAAAGAACAAAUACGUUUUUCCAACAAACAAAAAAAUGGUUGCUCUAGUACAUUUUUGUGGUUUAGAAGCAAAUUUCCUACAAUUCUACGCAGGCUUUUGUAACAUGACUCAUGGCAUAUUUUGGGUAGGCUAUUUCAUGAUAAUAAUAUUGUAAUUAACAUGAACCAUCAAGUAUAUUAGUUAAACACAUUCUUCAGAAAGAGAUUCGCUCAAUAGAUGCUGACAGUGUCAUACAUUAGAUUAAUUCCCAAGAAAAGUUUAUUUUUGCUUUGCUUUUAAGUCCUCGAACCAAAUAUAUCUCCAUAUGCAUCAGAAUCACUCCUUUCUCAUGAAAGUUGCUGCUUGUUUAUAGCCUAAAGCAUUAGAGUUAAGCAAUGUUUUUAUAAUGCUUAUAAAAGGGAUAUCUUUUUCCCCCUUCAAAAUCUUAAGCUUAAAAGGUAUGCUUUUUGCCAUUUUCAUUAAUAAUGGGUAUGGCAUACCCCCAUAUACCCCCUCAAUUUGAGCCCUGGUUGAAGGUACUGGUUCACUGUACUUCACAGCCACUGGAGUUCUCUGACUUAUUGCACCUAAUGUGCAAAUAAUGUUUCAAAUACGGAGUAGGAGAAACCGCCUGUUUGAGCUAGAGAGGUUACGUUGUUCAUGUGUCGUAAUGUGUUGCAACAAGUGCUCCUUGGCAUGCCUGACAACAGCGUGUGUUUUUUUUCUCCCCAGAAGUGGUCAGAGGGAUGAUGUCAUGCCAGACCUAGACCACCAGAGCUGAUGACCAGUAGGGCUAAUCACAGACUGGCCCCUAAGCCAGGAGAUAAGUAGCCUGGUCCCAGAUCUGUUUGUGCUGUCUUGUGACAGUGACCAUAGGAGUUGGCAAAACAGCAUAUGAGUUGGCAAGACAGCACAAACUGAUCUGGGACCAGGCUAGUAGAACAGUGACAGGUUGACGAGACAGAUGACCACAUUGUCAAACGUAGUUGAGAAAGAGAUAAAUGGAUUCCAGAGGGUCAAGAUGAGCAUGCAUGUAUUGUUUAUCUUUAUGGCGUAGGUGCCAGUCACUUAUAUGGCUUGUAUUACAAGGGGAGUUACCAGGUUGUUUGCUCAUCUAAAUUUGCAUUGAACUUUAAUCAGAUUUCAGAAUGAUAACAUUUCUAGAAUGUUCUCUGAUAUAUUGAUUAGUCAACAUCACAUCAGGGCUGUAAUCAUAAAGGGUCUUAGGGUAGGAGUGCUGAUCUAGGAUCAGUUGAGCCUUUUAGGUUAUAAUGAAUGGACUGGGGGACCUGGGGCUGUAUCAAGUGUCUGAGUAAGAGCGCUGAUCUAGGAUCAGGUCCCCCCCUUGUGGUCUGAUUGUGUUCCGAUCUGGCUGACAACUUCAGGUGGACAGUGCCAGGUUGGCAAUCAGGCUACCGAAAGAGCAUACAGUGGGCGACGUCAGCACCCCUCCUACAAGUCUCCAGAAAAUGUGUGUUUUGGGACCGAGAGGCACUUUUUCAUUACAACGUUGGAGGAAAUAUGUUCCUAGCAUGUGAGGAAUGUGUUUGCUCGCCUCAUACAGUAGUUAGCUACUGCCAUCAGUUGUUGUGUUUGUAUCAUAUUUGACCUAUUCCACCGUUUGUAUAAUGCAUACUGGCAUUUGAAUACAGUGCGGGAAUAGGGAAUCCGGACACACUGUGGACACGGUAGACACAUUUAAAUGUAGGUGUAUGUAGAUGCAUGACGGGUUUGGAACUCCAUGAUCAGAAAUCUAUCAUCAGAAUACUAAAGUUGUAUGAACUGUCAAGUCUUGACAUGGCCUUAGAUGUUCCAUAUGGCCCCAAAUCCUAGAUUAGCAAUCUUACUGACAUGCAGUGUUCAGAGGACAAUUAUGAGCCGCUGUUUGAUAGCGUGCUUUCCACAGUGCAGGCACACCUAUACCUGUUAACCUUCCAAGGAUCCAGUGUUUGAGCAAGUGAACAUGGUUAAAAACCAACCAGACAAUGUCAGGUUAAAUUCCAACCAAUUGUGUAAAUUAUAUGUAUGAUGGGUGUGCUGUGUUUAUCCUACUUGUUCAAUACAGAGAGUUUGUUAUCCAACCAUAUACUGUACUUUAUAGGAUAUUCAAGUCUUUCUUGAAGACCUUAUUCUGACAGUCCAAACUGACCAGUCAAAAGGUAAGUUUACUCUAUGAAAUUAGAGAAUGCAUGUUUCUUUCUACCUACAAAGAGUUGUGACCUGUAAGAUUGUUUGGCUCAUGGCAGUUUUGAAGACUUGUUCCAACAGGUAAAAUAUGGGGCAUGAUUAUAAUUGUGUUUUUGAUCGUUCCAAGGAUCAAGUUUUGGCAAGUUGAAAAUAUUAGGUUAAAGUUCAAACAGCAGGGAAACUUAAUGUAUGACGGUUGUGCUCUGUAAUACAGAACCAUGUACUUUGUAAUUACUAAAGUACUUUUCAGCAGCGAUAUGAGAUUUGCAUCUGCAGUGUAUCUGCACCAAUGAAACUGUAUACGGUUGACUCAUGCCAUGAGACAACCAAAACGCGGGCUGCGGUAGCCUCGUAAUUAGAGACGGGGGUCGGUAACUUCAGGGUUGCCCGUUUCAAUCCUGGAGCUGACUGGGGGGAAAUCUCCAAAGAAUGAGACGGCAUCCGGAGGGUUACGAACUUCAACAUCCCACAUGCUACUUACCGCCGUUGUGCGUUAGAGCAAGGCACUUUACCCCUAAUUUCUCCAGCAGCCCUUAAUUAUGCUGCUCCCGUUUGUGUUAUGUGUCAGAUUGGGUACUGUGACCGCAAAACAUACAUUAUGUCCAUGUAAAUGGACCAAUAAAGGAAAUAUUCUAGUAUUGCAUUGCAGGGGCAGUUAAAGGCUUGUCAUGUUCCAACAGGUAGCCUAAAUAUGGUGUAUUUGUUCCUUCCAAGGAUCCAGUUUUGGCAUAUGAAAAUACUAGGUCAAAGUUCAACCAGGCAGGAAACUCCAUGUACGACAAUUCUGCUCUACUUGUGCAAUAUGGAAAAUAUAUUUGAUGCUUCCAUAUACUUUCUUUUUGUACUUUUAAAGCAAUUAAAUAAGAUCUGUAUUUGUAGUGCAGUGCAGUCUAAACUAUAUAAGGUUGGUUGACUCAUUGCAGUAUUGAGGUCAUGUUUUAACAGGUAGAAUAUGGUGUUAUUAUGGUGUGUUUGCUUGAUCCUGAACACCUGUUGAAAUAUAAGUAAUUUCAUUCAUAAUUACUCUAUUAUAUAAACAUGAGUCUAGGCUACAGGAUGAGCAAUAUUGUUAUAGAACAUAUUCUAUUGAUCCAAGUGAUUUCAUGAUAGUUCAAAUAUUUUAUUUGUUUAAUAUGUAUGAGAUUAUAUUCACAGUUAUUAUAAUCAUGUUUCAAGCAGAUUUAGGAUCAGGUCACCCCAUGUCCAUGUAAUCUUAUUCAUUGUGAUGUAAAAUAAAAACGGAUCCUAAACCAGCA